GAGGACAGCCCUCGCCCAGCGGCUCUGGGACUGAGAGCCGAGCCCUAUGAGGCCACUCUCGGCCUCUGUCCCCCGGGGCUGAACUGCCCCUUCCGCCCAGCGUCGCUCGGAGAGCCUGGCACCUCGUCUUCCCCUUCUUGUCCACGGCCUGAGGCGCACAGAAAGGGAACUCCAGGAUUGGCCGCAAACUCUACACUUAGACAGUCAGCUCCCGGACGCGUCUCGCUCGGCUCCGGUCGCCCGAGGACUCACCACACCAAGUCGCCGAGCCGCAGACUCACAGUCGCCAUCUUACCACCCAACCACCGCCGACGCACGGGCCGCCGGGAACAUCAGGUCGGCCCGGCGCCGCCCAUUGGAGUGGGUUCGGCCACGUGACAGGGACUUGCUGUCAUCGGCCACGCCGCCGCUCCGACGUCACCGCGCCCGCCGGAGCUUAUUGGUCGGCCGAGCAGCAUGUGACUCGGGCGCCUCGGUCUCCGCGCGCCGGAGCCCGGAGACUCCCGGCUCUUUCCCCCUCCCUUCGGCUCGUGACAACGAAGAGCCCGCGGUCUGAGGAGGCGACGACGGCAGCGGCGGCGACGGUGCGGCCGGGCAAGCGCGGGAGGCAGUCGGCUCUGCGGCCCGCCUCGCCCCUGGGUUCCUGGACUCGGCCGUCUUCCUCUUUCGGUGCUUCCGUUACGGCCGUUAGUUCGGCGCGGGGCCCGGGGCCAUUCUAGAACCCGAAGCGCCUGCCGGCCCCGUCGCUGCUCCCGGUAGCUGCCUCCUGACGGGACUUCGGUGCGGCCUGGAAGCCAGCCUCCCGAGCCUGGGGCCGCGUGCCCGGCCGACUCCCCCCGGCCGCAGCCCGGGAGGCCCCGCGGCCGGGGCGCGGCGCCGGGGCGCGCUGCUCGACGGCCAGCGUCGGAAGCCGUGUCCGAGCGCGGCAAGUUGUCCUACGGCGGUUUUCGAGUUGUUCCGCGGACGUCGAGUUGGCAUUCCUCCGCUUCCUGCCGGGCCGGCGCGGGACCCCGCCAUGGGCAGCGGUACUGGCCGGCCGGCCGGCCGCAGACAGGGCUCGGGAGCCGACCGCUAGCCGCUCUCCGCCCGGGACCGCGGGGCCGGCAUGCGGACCCCCGCGGAGGGACGUCUGCGGCCCGCGUCAGCACUGGGGACCCAGGAAUCAUGCAGUGACACCUGCUGAGACCUGGUGGUAGCCAUGUCGGAGCCCCACAGGGUCCAGCUCACCUCUCUCCCAGGUUCUCUAAAUCCUGCAUUUUUAAAGAAGUCUCGGAAGGAGGAGAUUGGAACAGAGCCACAUCAAGACUGUGAGCCUGCUGCAGCAGCUGUUCGGAUCACACUCACACUCUUUGAACCGGAUCACAAACGGUGCCCGGAAUUCUUCUACCCAGAGCUGGUCAAGAAUAUACGAGGAAAGGUUAAAGGCCUUCAACCUGGAGACAAGAAAAAAGAUCUUUUGGAUCCUUUCAAUGAUGAAGAAAAGGAAAGGCAUAAAGUGGAGGCUCUUGCCCGGAAGUUUGAAGAAAAAUAUGGUGGAAAGAAACGUAGGAAAGACCGAAUACAGGACUUGAUUGAUAUGGGGUAUGGUUAUGAUGAGUCCGAUUCCUUCAUCGAUAACUCUGAGGCGUAUGAUGAGCUUGUUCCUGCUUCUUUGACCACAAAGUAUGGAGGAUUUUACAUUAACUCUGGAACCCUGCAGUUUAGACAAGCAUCAGAAUCUGAGGAUGACUUCAUUAAAGAAAAGAAGAAAAAAUCUCCAAAGAAGCGGAAGUUGAAGGAAGGUGGUGAGAAGAUAAAGAAGAAGAAAAAAGAUGACUCUUAUGACAAGGAGAAGAAAUCGAAAAAGUCCAAGUUUUCCAAAGCCGGCUUCACAGCCCUCAAUGCCAGUAAGGAGAAGAAGAAAAAGAAAUACUCUGGGGCUUUGAGUGUUAAAGAGAUGCUAAAGAAAUUUCAGAAGGAGAAAGAGGCUCAGAAGAAGAGGGAGGAGGAGCACAGGCCUGCAGUGGCCUCUUCCGUGGAAGCCCAGGGCUCUCGGGAACUGGAGGGUGCCUCUGACCCCUUACUUUCACUCUUUGGCUCAACCUCUGACAACGACUUGCUUCAGGCGGCCACUGCCAUGGACUCGCUGACUGAUUUGGACUUGGAGCAACUGCUCAGUGAGUCUCCAGAAGGAAGCCCCUUCCGUGAUAUGGAUGAUGGAAGUGAUUCCCUUGGGGUGGGAUUGGACCAGGAAUUCAGGCAGCCCUCGUCCCUCCCCGAAGGCCUGCCAACACCCCUGGAGAAGCGCGUUAAGGAGCUGGCUCAGGCUGCCAGAGCUGCUGAGGGAGAGAGCAGACAGAAGUUCUUCACCCAGGAUAUUAAUGGCAUCCUGCUGGACAUAGAGGUGCAGACCCGCGAGCUGAGUAGCCAGGUCCGCUCUGGGGUGUAUGCCUAUCUCGCCUCAUUCCUCCCCUGCAGUAAGGACGCUCUAGUUAAGCGUGCUCGGAAACUUCACCUCUACGAACAGGGAGGACGUCUGAAGGAACCUCUACAGAAGCUCAAGGAAGCUAUCGGCCGAGCAAUGCCAGAACAGAUGGCCAAGUACCAGGAUGAAUGCCAGGCGCACACGCAAGCAAAGGUCGCGAAGAUGUUGGAAGAGGAAAAGGACAAAGAACAGAGAGAACGGAUUUGUUCCGAUGAAGAUGAUGAUGAAGAGAAGGGGGGCAGAAGGAUAAUGGGACCCCGGAAGAAAUUCCAGUGGAAUGAUGAAAUCAGGGAACUGCUUUGCCAAGUAGUGAAGAUGAAGCUGGAGAGCCACGAGCUGGACAGGACCAAGGCCCAGGCAUGGGAGGACUGUGUGAAGGCCUUUCUCGAUGCUGAGGUGAAGCCACUCUGGCCCAAAGGCUGGAUGCAGGCCAGGACUCUGUUUAAGGAGAGCCGACGAGGCCACGGACACCUGACUUCAAUCCUGGCCAAGAAGAAAGUAAUGGCCCCUUCGAAAGUCAAGGUGAAGGACUUCUCUGCUAAGCCUGAUAAAAAAGUUUCUGUUCCAUCUGGACAGAUGGGCAGCUCCAUAGCUUUGCCCUCAGAACACCAAGGCGGGGGCCUAAGCCUUGGGGCCACAAGCAGAGAGCUCCCGUCUCAGCUAUCUGGCAGCCUUGUUAACCCUGCUCCUGUCAGCUUGGACAACUCACUGGAUGAAGAUGUGGGCCGUAAUCCAGCCUCCACAGUGGAAUCUGUGUCCAAGGAGCUGGCUGUGUUGAAUAGAGCAGCAGGGAGCUCUGAAUUUACACUACCUGUACCCUCCAAAGCACCUGUAGAAAAAGCUGGAAGUGUUUCAUGCACAGAGGAGAAAAGGAACUUUGCAAAGCCCAAUCCUUCUGGCCCCCAGUCCACUAACUCUCUGCAGUCACCCCUCAAUUUUCUGGCUGAACAGGCUCUGGCACUCGGGCAGUCCUCUCAGGAGAAAAAAACCGAGAGUUCUGGCUACAAAGAGCUAUCCUGCCAGGCUCCUCUCAGCAAGGGCGUGCCAGAAGCUCACCAGUCCAAAGCAAAGCACCACAGCUUGCCACGGACGUCGCACGGACCCCAGACAGCGGCCAUGCCUGGCCCCCAAGUCAAAGUCUUUCAUGCAGGUACCCAGCAACAGAAAAACUUCACCCCAGUCCCAUUUGUAAAUAAGCUCCAAGGCCCAAAGGCCUCCUCUCCGCAGUGUCAUCGUUCCUUCCUGCAGCUGGUAAAGACAGCGGCCAAAGGUCAGGGCUUCCAUUCCCCUACGCCAUCCUCCUCGGGAGGCACACCACCUACUGGUAGCAGCUCUCAGAAGACCCCAGCCACCUCCACUGCCCUGAGCCAUUCAGCCAAGCAGCAUGCAGCCAGCCCUGCAGGGCCAGUAUACAAGAAUAGCCCCUUUGCAGGCUCUGUCUCCAAGCAUGGGGUUUCUUCUGGAAGCUCUUCCUCUGGAGGAGCCCCAGUGCAAAGUUCUCCUCCCAGGACCCUGCUGCCUGGCACACAGCCUCCCUCCACAGGACAGCCUGCCAGCCGGCCCAUGUCAAGCUCUACAGUGAAGAAACCACCUGUUUCUCAGAAACUGACCCUGGUGGCUCCUCCUGGUGGUCCAAACGGAGAUGCUGGAGGUGGGACCCAGGGAGUGGCGAAGUUACUGACCUCCUCCCUGAAGCCAGCUGUGGUUAGUAGUGUGGCGUCGUCUACCUCCUUGCCAAAAGGAACGAGUGGGGCUGUGCUGCUGACCAGCUCCUCUCCCCUAAACCUGCUGUCUUCAUCCUACAAGUCCAGCAACCCGAAGCUGCCUGGGACCAUGAACUCUAACUCACUGGGAAUUAUAGCCCCUGUCCCAUUUCCUCUCCACGUGCUAUCCUUCAGCGCUGACUCUUCUGCCAGAGCAGGGGUCUCCAAGGAUGCCAUUGUCACAGGCCCUGCCCCGGGCACAUUUCAUCAUGGCCUCAGUCCCAGUCUUCUGGCUGGCUUGCACCCCAGCCCGCCCCACGCAGCGCCUCUCCCACACGCUGCCGUGUCCACCCAUAUCCCGCAGACUCUGCCAGAUACUUCUCAGCUUCAUGGGAAGGGGCCUGGAGUACCACGAAAAUUAUGACUGCUUCUGAGGAAAGGCCUGACUAACUCGGGGCUGCGUGGAAGCCAACUGUGUAGGUCUGCGGUGAUGGAGCCACUGUACUUUCUGCCAAUUGGUUUUCUUCAGGAGCAGGCGUGAGUCCUAAGUGAAGCAUUUCUUGGCACUUCUGAGGUGCCUUCAACCAAGGGAGCACUUAAUGACCGUGGUGCUUGGGGCCUUGCAGCUUUAUUGCCUGAUGGCUGUCAGAGGGCAGCUCUGAGCAGGGGCGUGUCCCAGGCUCGGCGGUGUUGGGGAGCACGUGUUUACAAUACCGGCCGCAGAGGUGUGGUUUAAAUCCACCUGAACCCCUGGCGUUUGGUCCCAGUGCCUCCCAGCACCUAGUGGUCAGGGACUCCUUCUGGCAUCAGCCACAGCUGGGAGACCUACCUGGUCUCUACGAAAUACUGAGGACAUGUAAUACCUGGCCAUUGUGAGGGGCCAAUGCCUCCUCUGAACUUGACAAUGAAGCUCUUAGAGAGAAAUGACCUUUGUAUAUUCAACUAUUGUAAUAGGAUUUUUAAAGACACCUAUUUUGGACUCAGUUUUCAUCAUUACAAUUAAAUGCAUUGGAUGGACUGGGGCAGUUCUUACACAUCAUAUUAUAGGAAGACGUAAUUCCAGUGCCUUUGUGGUGGGGCAGGAUUUGACAGUGCACAUCUGUUCAGCCCUCUGAGUGGAUCUGAUACGAAGACCUUUUUAAUUAAAAGAUGUGUCUGUAUUGAAGACACAUCCAGUUUUGAGUUUUUUACAGCUGCUCAUCAUAAUGCUGUCCUGACUUGUAAGUCAUCUGGGCCCACAACCCCAAGUCAGUUGAGCAGGGCUCUUGUUUUGUUUUUCCAGAGUUUACGUGGGUGGAUUCAGGGCCUCUCUGAGGCCAAGGAUACAAGGGGUUCCACAUCACCGACAGACAUUCCACUUUGUCUCACUCUGAGAAGCCAGUCUCAGGCAGAGCUGCAGGAACAGGCCUCUGCCAGGGUCUGCCGUAUGCAAACAGACCUUGAAGUCUUGGACUGUCCGGGCAGUGGGCUGUCUCUUAGAGUGACACAGACGAGUGUGGAGAGCAGAUCUGAGUCAGGCUGGGACAGUGUCGACAGCACUCCUGGGUCACGCUCGGCCAGUGGCUGUUUCACGAGGAUUUGGAAGGCCUUGGCCUGUCCUGUGAACUCUGUGCCACACGAUGACUCUGACUUGACUGCCACAGCUAAGUAGCUUGACACGUGGAGAGUCCACAGCGGCAGCACAUGUAUGCCUGUGUGCUGCUCAGUGACUCAGUUCCGACAGAUCUGCAGCCUGCUGCCCUCUGGGAGCCUGGUCUCUCAGCCCUCCCCGGCCUCUGCUCUGAUCCCUUUUUUACAUAGAAUCAGUCUGUGUUUCACAUUGGGCUACAUGAACUCCUGAUCCCUUUAUUAUGUGUUUUUUGCAACUUGGAUUCCCAGUUUGUUUACGGGAUAGUCUUAGGUAGUAGCAAAAGAGCCAAAGAAGAGAUUUGUGUCGCUGAGCUCAGAGCAGAGGCCGUCAGAGAAGGCUGAGCAGUGGGCGCUCUGCCCAGACCCCCGGGUAGCAGCCCAGCCCCCUCCCUUCCCUGCUGGUGCUCCCUCCUCCCAUGUCACACUGAGCGUGCAGCUGGAGCAGGAAACCCUCUUUUUAGGAAUCUAGUGAUGCCUCUUGCCUCAGGGAAAUGUUUCUUUGAUGGGGAGUUUGAGAUUUCUUUUUCUUGUUUAUGCUUUAUUUGUGAUGAUGAAAGAGUGAAUGACUGACACAGCCAUGGUAAGGCAGAUCUGCAGGCCCGGCUGCAGUGGAGGGUUGGGCAGAGUAGGCUCGGGGCCUGGGGGCUGCAGGGGUUUGGUUUCUUGUGGGCAGCGAAGGUCUCUGAGCACGUAGUGGGCGCGGCCGUUGCUUAGGUGUGAGAGGGGCUGUGGCUUUUUGUGUGGCCACCAUGUUGGUGUUCGGGGUGGUGUGAAAAUUGUUAAUCUUGUAUAAAGCAACUCAAUAAAUUGUUUCAAAGUUU